AUGGCUUCCAGAUAUUUUUUUCGUACCUUUCGCCGCUUACGAUUAUUUUCGUCUUCUCAUCUUCCAGUAUCAUUUCGAAAUAAUCGACUUCUUUGGGCUUCAUUGGGUACUGCUACCGUACUCGGUACAACAAUUUAUAAAUUCGCACCAUUUGAACAAAUAACUCCUUCAUUUAUUGUUUAUGCAAAGGAGACUGAAAAAGAUUUAUCACAUAAUGAGAAACAAUUAUUUCAAGCUGCUCAUGAUGGUCAACUGCAAGCUCUUCAACAAUUAAUUGAACAAGAUAAACUUGAUGUUAAUCUUCGGCAUCCACUUGGAUGGACACCUCUUCUCGUCGCUGUUAUCAAUGAUAGAAUUGAUUGUGUAAAAUAUUUACUUUCAAAAGGUGCUGAUCCAAAUCAAUCUGAUGAGUUCACAAAUGUACAAUCCAUGGCAAAAAAAAAUCAUUGGAAUCCUGUAAAUGUUUAUACAAAACGUGAAGAAGAAUUUUGUAACCGACUUUCAGCUCGUGCAACAUUCAAUGGUUUUACAGCACUUCAUUAUGCUGUACUCAAUGACAAUAUAUCUAUAAUAAAUAUUUUGAUUGAAUACGGUGCUGAUCCGUUGAUUGAAAAUGAACAAGGACAUUUACCUUCUGCUUAUGCAUUACAACAACGUAAAGAAUUAUUAAGUCAAUAUGAGCAGAAUGCGAAAAAAUUACAUGAAGAAAGAAUGAAAGGUGAACGACGACGAAGACCACUUGAACUUAGAAUUAAAGAAAAUAUUGUUGGACAAAACUAUGCUAUAUCAACAGUUUGUGCUGCUAUACGGAGAAAACAAUCUGGUUGGACUAGUGAUGAAUCACCAUUAGUAUUUCUUUUUCUUGGUUCAUCCGGUGUUGGUAAAACUGAAUUAGCAAAACAAAUAGCUAAAUAUCUGAAUGGUGAAAAAAAUCAACCACGUUGCUUUAUACGUAUUGAUAUGAGUGAAUAUCAAGAAAAACAUGAAGUAUCGAAAUUGAUUGGUGCACCACCUGGAUAUGAAAAAGGUGGCCAGUUAACGGAUGCAUUAAAAAAAUGUCCAACAGCUGUUGUACUGUUCGAUGAAGUUGAUAAAGCACAUCCAGAUGUUUUAACAGUUAUGUUACAAUUAUUUGAUGAAGGACGUUUAACCGAUGGAAAAGGAAAAACCAUUGAUGGGCGACAAGCAAUUUAUGUGAUGACAUCGAAUCUAGCCAGUGAAGAAAUCGCUAAUUAUGCACAAGAUUUGAGGCGGGAAGAAGAAAAGAAGCCACCUUUAGUUAAUGGAGGAGCAACAUCAGAUGACACUGCUAAUCAACAACAAGAUGAUGAUGGGAAAAGUCGAAUAACUGUAUCAAAACAAUUUAAAGAUAAAGUGGUUAAACCAAUAUUAAAAAAACAUUUUCGUCGUGAUGAAUUUCUCGGCCGAAUUAAUGAAAUGGUUUAUUUUUUACCAUUUUCUAAAAGUGAAAUAAAUAAAUUACUUCUCAAAGAACUUGAAUUUUGGAAAAACCGAGCUAUAGAUCAGCAUAAUAUUGAUAUUAUUUGGGAUCGUAAAGCUCUCGAUUGUUUAGCCGAUGGUUAUGAUAUUAAUUAUGGAGCUCGAUCACUUAAACACGAGAUUGAACGAUCUGUUGUAAAUCAACUAGCUGCUGCUCAUGAGCAAGGUUUAAUUGAAAGUGGUAAUCAAAUUUUACUGACAGCUCAAGAAAAUAUUUUUCAUACUCCUUUUGCAAAUGGAACUAAACAUGAAUCAGUUACUCGAUCAGUGAAACUACAAAAAGUAGAAACAAUAGGUGGACGAAGUUUAAUUAGUGGCUUUUUCAACAGUGGCAACAAUAAUAGUCAAACAGCGAAUGUGAUCUAUACUGAUAUUAAACCCGAAGAUCAUCUAAAAACAUAUCAAUUUUAG